AGUUCACUCACAUGCCCUAACGCCGCUGCCGUCGCCGCCGCAACCGCUGCUUCUUCUCGUCGUCGAAGUCUAGCCACGGGGAUGCAGAAAGAUGGGGAGGAAACAGUUGGCAUCUAAUCUCCCUGCUGCGAGAGGCGGUGGGCCGGACGGAACUUCCAGCGGGAGUUCUUCGAGGAUUGGAAGUUUGAAAGAUCCCUCUUUUGGUUACCUUGGUGAUGGAGGACUGCGGUGGCGGCGGCGUCCUCCAAGGCCGCUACGAGCUCGGCCGCGUUCUGGGCCGCGGUUCCUUCGGGAAAGUUCACCUCGCCCGCGACCUCUGCGCCGGGCGCAGCGUAGCGGUCAAGGUGGUGGACAAGGCGACCGUCGUCCGCGCAGGGAUGAUGGAUCAUCUUAAGCGCGAGAUCUCCGCCAUGCGGAUGGUCCGCCACCCCAACGUGGUCGCGCUCCACGAGGUCAUGGCCACCCGAUCCAAGAUCUACCUCGCGAUGGAGCUCGUGCGCGGCGGCGAGCUCUUCGCCCGCGUCGCCGGCGCCGGGCGCCUGAGCGAAUCCGCCGCGCGCCGGUACUUCCGUCAGCUGAUCUCGGCCGUCGAUUUCUGCCACCGGCGCGGCGUCUACCACCGCGAUCUCAAGCUGGAAAACCUCCUCCUCGACGAGAACGACGAUCUCAAAGUCGCUGAUUUUGGGCUCAGCGCACUGGCCGACCCCGCUAGAACAGAUCGGCUCCUCCACACCUUGUGCGGCACGCCUGCGUACGUCGCCCCGGAGGUGCUAUUCCAAAGGGGCUACGACGGGGCCAAGACCGACGUGUGGGCCUGCGGCGUCAUUCUCUUCGUUCUCCUCGCCGGAUUCUUGCCGUUCCGAGACGACAACAUCAUGGCGAUGUACAAAAAGAUCUGCCGCGGGGAUUUCCAGUGCCCGCCCUGGAUUUCUCCCGGCGCCCGUCGCAUCAUCGUCAAGUUGCUCGACCCAAAUCCCAACACCAGAAUCACCCUCACGAAGCUCAUGGAGUCUUCGUGGUUCAACAAAUCCGCCUCGCAGAAACCAGAACAAAGCAAGGAAGAACAGAUUGCGGCGCAUCUGGCGGAGGAGCCAGAGAAGUUGAACGCUUUUCACUUGAUAUCGUUCUCGGAGGGCUUCAACCUUUCUCCUCUGUUCGAAGGUGCGAGGAAAGAAGGGAUGAGGUUCACGACGAAGGAGCCAGCGAGCAGCGUGGUGUCGAAGCUGGAGAGCGUAGCGGCGAGCACGUCGUGGAAGUUGCGGGUGACGAAGAGCGGCGCCGGCGGGGUGUGGAUGGAGGGAGAGGACAAGGGGAGGACGGGGAGGCUGGCGAUCGCCGCUCAAUUCUUUGCGCUGGCAGAAUCUGUGCUCGUGGUGGAGGUGAGGAAGGACGACGGCGACACGGUCGAGUACCAGAAGUUCUGCGCCUACGAGCUCCGGCCGGCGCUCAAAGACAUCAUGUGGUCGCCCAAUUGCCAACCUAUCACUGCCUGAUAAAGAAUCCUAGUUCAUCCUGAAGUUCGUUUACAGUUAAAUUCUUCUUUCUUUUCUAAUUGAUUCAUGAUAGUAACUUUGGAAUUUAUUCUGAUGAUUCUUGUGAAAGGAUCUUCUCAAAAUCAAUACCAAUUUCUAAUCUCAUUCCUAAAUAAAUUUUCUCUUAAACAGAAUAAAAUAGCCAAUUCCCUCUAAA